GGGAGCAGACGGGGAGGAAAAGCUUUAGCUGCUCAGGGCGAAACUAUUUUAAUUGCCCAGUUUAUCCUCUUGUAUCUGACCAUGUCGUCUAAAACGAAAGAGCGCAAGACGGCUCCCGUGUCCCACAAAGUGAUCGAAAAAAGACGAAGGGAUCGGAUCAAUCGCUGUCUGAACGAACUUGGCAAAACCGUUCCAAUGGCUUUGGCAAAGCAGGGCACCGGAAAACUGGAAAAGGCGGAGAUUUUGGAGAUGACAGUCCAGUAUUUGAGAGCGCUGCACUCAGCUGACCUCGCCAGAGGACGAGAGAAGGGCGAACUGCUCGCAGAGUUCGCGAACUAUUUCCACGCCGGCUAUCACGAGUGCAUGAAGAACUUGGUUCACUAUCUGACCACGGUGGAACGCAUGGAGACCAAGGACACCAAAUACGCCAGAAUCCUCGCCUUCCUGCAGUCCAAAUCUCGCCGCUGUUCCGACCCCAUAUUCGGGCCACUCUCAACUCACGACGCGGAAUACUCGUACCAGCUUCACCCCGUGCCGGAGUUCGCCAAUUCGCGUCUGAGCGAGUCCCUGCUUCAGCAAGGCCCCGGGGUGGGUAGAACACAAGCGAUGCACUGGCACGGAUCGGCUCGGGGUCCAGGGCUCCCUUUCAUUCCCAGUCCCACCUUGCCCGUUGCCAACCCCGGCCACCAGCACAACUUCCUCCACUCCGUGCAGGGCCUCGAUCGCCACUACAUUAACUUGAUAGGACACUCGCACCCGAACGCGUUCAGCCUACACAGCCCCCAGCACGCCAAUUUAUAGAGGGGAUGCUCGCCGGCCAGGUGCCAACGGGGAACUGCAGAUGCUGGUUUAUAC